GAACUGCACCCGGGCUGGAGCCCUCCACUACAUUUUUUGCUUUUAACGAUGUGGCAGCUGGAGCGCCUGGGCUCAGGAUGUAGCCCUCCGAGGCUCCUCUUGCUUGUUUACUAUCUGUGCGCUCUUGGAGAUUGCCUUUUUGUGACUGAAUACUUCACCCGAACGCCUCGUAAGCUGAAUGCUUUCAACUCCUUCGCCAGCGUGGAGCUGUUCCACUUCAAUGUGCCUGACGACACCAUGAUGGCCGUAUGGAACCUCAUCACUUUCAAGGAGCAAGGGGGCACGUUUGGAGACAGCUGCCCCAACCGCAACGUGACUGUGUACUUCAGGUCUGGCGCUCCUCCAGUAAUAAACCCCCUGCACACCAGCUUCCCUCGGGAUACAGUCGUCCCAGGAUCCUUUGCUGUGACUCUUACCUGGACUCUUCCAAACCGUACAACAGGAGCAUUCAACGUGACCAGCCCGCUCCCUGGAGACUGGUUCCUAGCCGCACAUUUACCCAAGGACGAAGGCAAGAUCUCAGUCAAGGGUCUCUCUGAAGAAUGCCAGUAUCUGUUUCAACCUCAGCUCAUCGUCCAGAGGCUCGUUGGGAUUUCGGUGCUUUACCCUGGAUACUUCAUUGACCAGAUGAUCCCUGUCCAUAACAGAUCUGCACUUUAUAAAGUGUUCAUCCCCAAUUAUAUAUCAAAGGUGAAGGUUCAGCUGGUAAACUGCAGCACCAAGAACAGGAGCAGCGACAGUUGUCCUGUGGUGUUGAAGAUAAGAGCGCGGGCGCCGCCGGUGCAUAACUCAAGUGCCCUCGACUGCAGGGAGUGGAACCCCUGUGAGUUAGACACGCUCGUGCCUGCCUGGGAACAAUGGUACUACAUCCUGGUGGAGAGAUAUCUAACUAACUCCAACGUCUACUUCCGCAUUGGUGUGCAGGUCACAGAUUGCUCCAAGACCAAUUUGUCAAAGGACCAGUCUCAGCCCAGCUCCUCCAUGAACAUGCCUCAGUCUUUUGGAACGGCGAUGGGUUUCUCUCUGUCUGAGACGCUGUCGGUGGCCUCCCUGCCCAGCCUGACGCAGAACGACAGUCACCUCCACACCUCUGAGGACAGCAUCAUUUACCUCCCCCCCACGGCCGACUACAACAAGUGCUGGCCCAUCCGCCCGACCCUGCGCAAUGAGCUGGACACCUUCUCUGUGCACUUUUACGUCUUCUUUGGUCCAAAUAUAUCCAUCCCACCGGACAGGGCUGCUGUGUUCGCCAUUAACCUGAUGCCUGUUUUAGACAGCGGAGGAGUCCUCAACAUGGAGCUCAAACUCAACAUGUCUACGUUAAAAGGAGCUAAUGUCACAGUGUUCGGCUGCCUGAACCACGGGAUGCCUCUCUUCUUACGGGAUAACUCAUCAUUGAAGUGUGAAUCAGAAACAGAGGCUGGGUUUUUCCUUUCUGUGAACACCUCUGCUAAUAUCACCAAGUUGAGGAUCCCCUAUCCACAGACAGGCACCUGGUACCUCAGUCUGCGCUCUCUAUGUGGCACUGAACACGGAUUUGAAGCAUGCCCCAAUGUCACCGCUGAGGUGUAUAUGCGCGCAUACCUGACUCCAUGCAUCAAUGACUGUGGGACGUAUGGACAGUGCAAGCUUCUACGCACAAACAACUAUCUUUAUGCUGCCUGUGAAUGCAAAGCAGGUUGGGAGGGCUGGGGAUGCACAGACAACUCGGAGGCUUACUCCUACAGCUUCCAGCUCCUCUCCACCCUGCUGCUCUGCCUCAGUAACCUGAUGUUUGUCCCUCCGGUGGCCAUAGCCAUCCGGAGCCACUACCUGCUGGAGGCUUCAGUCUACAUCUUCACCAUGUUCUUUUCCACUUUCUACCAUGCUUGUGAUCAGCCGGGUAUUGUGGUCUUCUGCAUCAUGGAGUACGACGUGCUGCAGUUCUGUGACUUCCUCGGCUCGCUGAUGUCAGUGUGGGUCACUGUCAUUGCGAUGGCCAGGCUAAAGUCCAUCAUCAAACAGGUGCUGUAUCUGCUGGGGGCGAUGUCUCUGUCUAUGGCUCUGCAGCUAGACCGUCACGGUCUGUGGAACCUGCUGGGACCCAGCCUGUUUGCCCUGGGCAUCAUGGCGGUGGCAUGGACGGUGCGCACCAUCCGUCGGCGGCGUUGCUACCCGCCCACCUGGAAACGCUGGGUGUUCUUCCUGUUACCGGGCACCAUGAUCGCCACCUCCGCCGUGGCCCUCUACGCCUUUGUGGAGACAGAGGAGAACUACUUCUACAUCCACAGCAUCUGGCACAUGCUGAUCGCAGGGAGCGUGGGCUUCCUCCUUCCGCCUCGCGCCAAGCCUGACGCCAAGGUGACCCCGCUGAAGCGUAGGCGAGGCUGCGGCUAUCAGCUGUGCGUUAAUGAGCACGAGGAGCUGGGUCUGGUGGACCCCGCCAUCAUCUCCAUCAACAGCAUCUGCACCAGCUGAUAAACUCCCCACUCCCAGCCUUUUACCUUAGAGACACUUCAUUGCCUUCUUUUACUUGGGAAAUUCACAGACGGAAAUUAAGCCACAGAACUUGAAAAAGCAAUGUAAAUAUUGUAAUGCAGAUGUGACACAUUGGAUUUCUUUUUUUGGUUGUAAUUGUUAUGGUUAUUACUAUCAAUACAACUGUAAUUAUUAUUAUCUAUAGUUAGAGUUGUUCUGAUGAAUUGUGGGUGUACAGUGACACACUGUUGUUUGUGAAUAAGUCAAAGCUGAAACACUGCUGCUAUCUGACGGUGACUGUAAAACUGCUUCUGUUGGUUAUUUAUUGGUGGUCUUGUAAACAGGCCAGUUAUUGUACUGUUGGGGGCACAGACCAGGGGAGAAGUGGGGGGUCAUUUAUCAAGGGCACAGCGUUUCUGGAAUUCUUUUGAAAUAUAUCUUUUGCACUGAGACACAAAAAUGUUAUUCUGUACAUUUUUAUAACAAUAUAAACUACAGUGGGCAUCACAAAUGUAAAACCUAGUUGUCAUGUGGAAUGUUAGACUGUCUUUGCAAUUGCAAUGUAUCGCUUUUACACAAAUGUGCAGAUGUGGAACAGUUUCAAAGUUCAGUUGUCUGUUGAAAGAAAAGAGGAGAGGAUUAUUUCAAAGACCUCAAACCAAGACCUCACUUCCCUGUUAUUUUCUGACAGGACCUGUGUGACACCACAUUCAUAAACAUUAAAUGUUUCCUUUCUUGCCUCAGUAUCACUUCUGCUUUCGGAGCUUUUACAAUUUAGUGCAACUGUUGAAUGUUCCACAAAGACAUCAUAUUGCAAUCCCUGCCCUAAUGGAAACCAGUUGUACUCAGACAGUGAGAUGAGACGCUGUCAACAACAUCCUCCCAGGAAUAGAAUGAGAGAUGAAUAAUUCUCUAACAAAGCAGCAGUAUGAAGGCAGCUUCAGAGCAUACUGUUGAUAUGAAACCGCUGUCUUAUAUAAGGAAUAUGCCUCUUCGUGUAUGCCUGUUUAGAUGUGAUCCAUCGGCAGAUCCACAGGAUUUUUCAUCCAUGUAUGUAUUCUUUUUCUAUCAAGUUAUAUCAGAAAGAUUUAACAAAUUCAUUAUUUUUAAUAAGCUAGGAUUGGAGGUUGUACCUGGCCUUGACAACAAACCAAUACACACAUGAUAGAGUGUGCUAGCGGGUCUGUGAGGCUGUUCUUAAAGGGGACAUAUUAUCCUCAUUUCCUGGUUCGUACACAUGGGUUUCUAUUAGAAUAUGUUGAUAUGCUUUAAUAUAAAAAAACACAUGUUUUUUCCCCUAUACUGUCUGAAGAUUAUUCACCUUCUGUCUGAAAUCCUCCAUUUAAGCCCCCCUCCCUUAAAAGCCCAAUCUGACUCUGAUACAUUUGGGAUAACAAAUAAACACACUUUUUAUGUGGUCAUAGAGCAUUGGUAACAUUAUAAUUUGCCUAGAUGAUGCAGAUGGAUGUAAGGGGAUACAAUAAUGAUUGCAAUUCACUUCUGGGGACCAUGAAUGUGUUUACCAAAUGUCCAUGCAAGUUAUUCAAUUGUUGUUGAGAUAGUUUAAUAAAAAACAACAUUUCAUCUUCUGAAGAAAAUCGUUUUGGGAAGUAUGUUUCUGUAAUUGUAUUCUAACCAAGUGUAAUUGGAGACUGGAGGACUGUUCACAUUAUGUUUGUCUAGCACAAACCUCUCUGUAAACCAGUC